UUCUCCUUUUCGUUUUUCCCCGUUUUUUUCUCCAGUCGAUGGCAACACAGACACAGCGACCAGCGCCUGUUGGGCUCGGUAGCGGCGUCGGAACGCCCCAGUCGCUGGCAGCUUCACCAAUGGCGACCACCCCUGGCACAAUCACCCUGGGCGCAGCGACACUGAGCUACGGCAGCAGCAGCAACUCGAGCCCGUCAACGCCCUCGCCUGCAACCACCGCGUCGGCGGCGGACGCUGGACUUCCCCCGGCGGUCGACGUCAACGACGCCUCGGUGGUCGACCACGAGACCCGCGUCGAGAGCAAGCGCUUCACGGUUUACAAGAUGGUCAUGAAGAGCGGAUCCAAGACAUGGACCAUCUACCGGCGAUAUAACGAGUUUUACGCGCUGAACGAAAAGCUCAAAAAGUUCUACAACUUUGAGCACCUCAAGCUGCCGGGAAAGCGCCUGCUGGGCAACAACUUUGAUCCCAAUUUCAUUCAGUCGCGACGCACUGCUCUCCAUGAGUAUGUGCGAAAGCUCAUUGCACAUCCAGAAAUCGCACAGUCCGAGAUUUUGAAAGAGUUCUUGACAGACAACUCGAUUCCUCGUGCCAAACUCAUUGAUUCCACUGAGCCGUUGGACUCGGACACGAGCAAGAACUCUGGAUCAGAAGCCGACAACCAUGUCGACUUGGCUGGCACGGAAAACCGCGCCGCAGAUGUCAAUGACUUUUACCUGCUGAAGGUGAUUGGCAAGGGCAGUUUCGGCAAAGUCUUGCUUGCCAAGCACAAAGAGACCAGCAAGGUCUAUGCCAUCAAGGUGCUCUCCAAAAAGGCCAUCAAGCAACGAAACGAAGUCAAGCACAUCAUGGCCGAGCGCAAUGUGCUGCUCAAGAACAUUGUUCAUCCCUUCCUUGUCGGCCUGCACUACUCAUUCCAAACUCCCGAGAAGCUAUAUUUCGUCCUCGACUAUGUGAAUGGCGGUGAACUGUUUUUCCACUUGCAACGCGAAAAGCGAUUCCCUGAGGUGCGUGCGCGCUUCUACGCUGCAGAGAUUGUUUCGGCCAUUGAGUACUUGCACUCGCUGGACAUUGUUUAUCGCGAUCUCAAGCCUGAAAACAUCCUGCUCGACUCCAAGGGUCACGUCGUAUUGACGGACUUUGGUCUGUGUAAGGAAGGCAUUCAGCCUGGCGGCACCACUUCCACCUUCUGCGGUACGCCCGAAUACCUUGCCCCCGAGGUCUUGCGAAAACAGCAAUACGGUCGCCCGGUCGAUUGGUGGUGUCUUGGUGCAGUUCUCUACGAGAUGCUGGUCGGUCUGCCGCCAUUCUACUCGCGCGAUUGCAACGAAAUGUACAACCGCAUUUUGCAUGACAAGCUCCGUUUCCCGCCGCAUGUGUCGGACAAUGCGCGCUCGCUCAUCGCCGGCCUGCUCGAUCGCGACCCUGAGAAGCGAUUGGGUUCGGGCCCCACCGGUGCUGAGGAAAUCCGCACGCACUCGUUCUUUGCUGGCAUUGACUGGGAUGAGCUCUAUCGCAAAGAGUACAAGGCUCCCUACAACCCUGGCGUGUCUGGCAGCAUGGACUUGAAGAACUUUGACCCGGAGUUUGUCAACGAACCGAUUCCUGGAUCCUUGCUCAUUGCCUCCGAUUUGAGCGUCGACGUUGAGGUGGACGAUGCUUUUGCAGGCUUCACCUACACGGCGGAAGAUCACUACCUCAACCAACCCCAAGACUAAUCUUCUUCUUCCUCCUGCUCCCUUGUUUUCUUUUCCUUUUUUUCAGUCCUGUCCAGCAUAUACUCUAUUAUCGUGCUCGUUUUUUUAUUCUCUUUGCUUUUUUUUUUCUUUUGUUGGUCUGUGUGUAUCUGUGAUGCCGCUCACCAUCGCGUGUCGUCGGUUGGUGCUCUUGUUUACCAUCCUUUCGUCCCCUGUGUUGAUCGAAACGAGAUGUUCUUUCACCGGUGAAAGCUCGUUUCGUGAAAAACACACCUUGGGUUUUGUUGCUGUGUUUGCAUUUGUCUGAGUGUUUUUUUGGCUGUUUCUUGUUUUUUUACCCUUGAGUAAAAGUGACCUUUGUAAUGCUUCCG